AUGGCAGACAUGGACAACAAUAAAGACCACAGAGCGUGCCAAGCAGCCUCCAAAGUGUUCACCAUGCUCCUGUGGUCCGGUGCUCUUUUUGUCUCUCUCUGCCUCGCCGGGGCGGCAGCCCAAGGAGGGGCCGACGCCGAUUUAGUGACCAGCCUGCCAGGUCUCACAGAGACCCCCAACUUCAAGCAUUACUCAGGCUACGUACAGGCUGGCCAGGGAAAGUACUUCCAUUACUGGUUUGUGGAGUCUCAGAAUAAUCCCUCCAGCGAUCCGCUGAUCCUCUGGCUCAAUGGAGGCCCGGGCUGCAGUUCUAUGGAGGGCCUGCUCACUGAGAACGGACCCUUUCAUCUGAAUGAUGAUGACACAGUCUACAUGAACCCGUACAGCUGGAACCUGGUGGCCAACGUGCUGUACCUGGAGUCUCCAGCAGGGGUCGGGUUCUCAUACUCCACCUCAGGGGACUACGCCACCAGCGACCCUGUGGUGGCUGAGGACAACUAUGAAGCCUUGCAAAACUUCUUUGCCAAAUUCCCCUCCUUCCAAUCCAACGACUUCUACAUAUUUGCUGAGAGCUAUGGGGGUAUCUAUGGACCCACCCUCGCCCAGAAAGUUGUCAGCAACCCUGGAAACAUCACCUUCAAGGGAAUGGGGAUUGGCAAUGGAAUGUCCAGCUAUGCUUUGAAUGAUAAUUCGCUGCUUUAUUUUGGAUACUAUCAUGGACUUUUGAGUGAGAGCUUGUGGAACCAGCUCAACCAGCAGUGCUGCUCUGGAGGCUCCUGCAACUUCCACAGCAGCAGCAGCAGCAGCAGCGACUGCAGGAACUUGGUGUACCAGGCCCUGUUCCUGAUCCAGGACAUUGGCCUGAACAUCUAUAAUCUGUAUGGAGAGUGCUAUGGCGGGGCGCCCACUAGCGGCUAUGCAGAGCGCUACGCUGCAGACGUGGCCAACCUGUUCAGGGACUCUGGCUUCAACUUCAAACCCCUGGUGGAGCAGGCCGCUAUUCCUGGCGUGCCCAUGUGUAUUAACGCCACGGCCCUGUACGACUACCUCAACAGCCCCAGUGUGCGCACCGCCCUCCACAUCCCCUCCUCUGUGCAGCCCUGGGCUCUCUGCAGCCGCACGGUUAACUCCCAGUACCAGAGGUUCUACAGGGAUAUGACCUGGUUCUACCAGCUUCUGCUGAAGCAGGACCUCCAGCUACUUGUGUACAACGGGGAUGUUGACAUGGCCUGCAACUUCCUCGGGGGAAAGUGGUUCGUGGAGUCUCUAAAGCAGCAGGAGGUGAGCCCAUACCAGCCGUGGGACUACCAGGACCAGAUCGCUGGCUACGUGCAGCAGUAUGAGAAGAUCACUUUCAUGACAGUGAAGGGAUCCGGACACAUGGUACCACAGUACAAGCCUGGCCCCGCACUUCAGAUGUUGAAGAACUACUUGGCUAACUCCUACUGAUCCCUGUAAAUGUGUCAGAUGCUGAAGAACUACCUGGCUAACUCGUACUGAUCCCUGUAAAUGUGUCAAAGUUUAAUUGGGACUCAUACGCAUCAUCCCUCAGGUUGCAGGUGCAUUACAUUGGGACAAACAUCUGAUAGAGUAAGCAUCGAAAUGUUAGUCUGGUGUUUUCACCUAAUAAAUGGUUUAAACAUUAAGCUGCAGUGCACUCCAACUUGUCUCUUCAAUCUCAGUAGAUGUGUUUUGUGUCAGAGACAGACAUCCCGUGUA